UUAGGAGCAUGCGCACUAGUACCAUUUCGUGCGUGAGGCGAGAACAGCCGAAAUGGAGGAGAACCAAACAUCGGAGAGUGUCGCCGUGCUACCGGACAUGUCCGAACCGUUGACGAGCGAAACCGAGGAAGCGUCCGCACUAACGACCGAGCACGAGGCGCAUCCUGUAGCUGUUACAGCCAGCGUGACUUCUGUACCGGGUGUUCCAGGUGUUCCUGGAGUCGGUGUACCGGUUUCUUUGCCUGUUGGUUCUAUCAUCGGUGUGGCAAACUCUACCAAUGGGACGACCUUCAACGUCAUCACCUCAGAGCAAUUACAACUGCCUGGGUCUGGACAAUUCAAGCAGAUGCUAUGUGUUGACAAUGGCUUCAUUUGUGAAUCACGUCAUGAUAAAGAUACAGAUCCUUUAAGAUGGAAUGGAGAAUUGAAGGCAACUCAUAUAGUUAUUCAAAAUAGUACUGAUGAAACAGAAUCUGACCAAAUCCAUGUAUCUGCUGCUAAUUCACAACCAAUAUGCAGUUGGUCAGAAUCUGCCAAUUUAGCAGUUCUACCCGUAAGAUGCAAAAACACAAAUGCUGAAUUACAUAAAAGUAAAUUUGGUUCUGGAGGAAGAGGACGAUGCAUCAAAUUAGAAAACAGCUGGUACACUCCAAGCGAAUUCGAAGCACUUUGUGGUAGAGCAUCAAGUAAAGAUUGGAAACGAAGCAUCCGAUUUGGUGGUAGAAGUUUGCAAACACUUAUAGAUGAACAAAUUUUAAAGCCACAUGCAACAUCAUGCACCUGUGCUGCUUGUUGUGAUGAUGACAAUGCAACAGGUCCUGUACGACUAUUUACACCGUAUAAACGUAGAAGAAGAGCCAGAGAUACCUCAGAUAGUGAAAUUCCAAUUCGUAAACAUAAAAGUGAAAAUUCGAGGGAUGGUAGUAACAAUGAAGAAAGUGACAAUGAAAUAGUUGUCCCUGACAAAGACGGUUGGCCACAUUUUGUAUCAACAGAAGGUUUAGUUGUACAACAAUCUCAAGAUCAGGAUUCUGUAGUACAAAGUGUACAUCAAACAGAAAAUACACAGACUGAAGAUCUUUUUAAAAAAUUAGAUGAAAUGUCGCAAAAAAUGUUAAAAUUAGCUUAUGAAUUUAAACGUACAUUAGAAGAAGCAAAAGAAUUGAAUAGGCAACAAAGAAGAGAGCAAGCAUUAGUUGCACAGUUGAGUGCUAGAGGAGAUGUUAUUGAACCUGUUGGCUUACAACCUACACCUGACACUCAUAAUAAAAAAUGUGCUAAUUGUAAUCGAGAGGCAUUUGCUGAGUGUUCUCUAUGCAGACGUACACCAUACUGUUCUACAUUUUGUCAACGUAAAGAUUGGGCUGGUCAUCAAGUAGAAUGUGUGCGAGGUGCAGCUGAAACGGUUAUGCUUAUAGUAGAAAGCAGUAGUGCAGAAACAAAUGCUCUUGCUACAACUGCAGGGGACCAAUAGCUAGUGUUCCUUACACCCAUUCACCAAAGGAAUGUAGAAGGAGAACAAUCUACUAUAGAAACUUCACAAUUAAAAAAAGAGAUGAAGACUUAAGAUAUGAACAUUUCUGGUUAAUGGAAGUAUACAAAAUUUUGUAUAUAUUAUAGUGGCUAUUUUUUACAUAAGUUAUAGUCUAACUAUUUAAAGACUACCAGUGAAUGUGUAUAAAAGCAUAUUAUGUUGUUGAAGACCACAUUUAUGCAUAAACAUAAUGAAUAUCUGUAUAAAUAAUUUUAUAGUACACAUUAUAUACUACGAAAGAAAGAACACUCAUUGUAUAUAUGUUACUUACAAGGAGAGGCCAUAAUUGACAGGUCAUGGAUUUUCAUAUAUCAUGGGUAUAUAGUAAACCUGCACCAAAUACAAUUAAAUUCUUGGUAAGGGAAUGUUAUUCAUAUUUUAAAUUUAAAACAAUUAAGCAUGUGAGAUAUUAACGAUUAAAAGUUGCUAUAUAUUACACAUGUUUAAUCGUUCUCUAAAUUUCAAAUAUAAAUAAUAUUCCUUACACAAUGGCAAUGGGAUUAAAAGCUUUGCCACAAAAAUUAAAUUUGGUGACGAGUUAACUGUGAUCUUUCCUUGUUAGAUAUAAAAAUCUUGAAACGCUCUUAAAAGUGUAUAUUUGGAUCGAAUGUUAAAAUGAAAAAUGACCAAAGGAGAGGUAAUCUUUAAGAAUUUUUCUAGCAAUAAGAUCAUUUAGAUAUUGGGUUAUUCAGAUAUUUUUUAUUGAUUUCUAAUAAAAAUUUAAUAAUAAUUUUUUAUUUUUGCUAUAAUAUUAACCUUUUUCUCCAUGGUAUGCUUUUAAUAAAAUGUGAUCUUUGUGAAUGGAAUGCGUUGCUUAAAAAUCGAUACAAACAGUUCAAACACAUUAUUGAAAACAAUGUUAUCAAACACCCAACUUGUAUUAUUUUACAAUCUUACAGGAGCAUCAAUUAUUUGAGCAUUUGUGUUUCAUAAAUGCAUGUUAAUAUUUCUGUAGGUAUAUCUACAUACUAAAAUAAGUAUAAAAUGUUCUAUGAACAUACGUUCGUUUUUAAGUUGUGCAUAUUAAAAAAAUGUUUUAAGUAUCUACCUCUUAUCCCAAUCGUUCUUAUAAAUGAAUGAAAACAUUCUAUAUUCUAGAAAGGUUUUAUUUUUAUAAUUGACGUAAAUCUUUUUCGUUUCUAUAGAUAAGGAUUUUAUGAUUUCCAAAUGAAUCAUCUGUACUUAAAAAUGGCACAGUCUACCUUUUCAAUUUUUACUAAUUACAGGACGCGAUCAUUUAACCACGUGUGGUAAGUUUAGUGUUAAAAUGUAUUUAUGAAACACUUUGCAUACAUUCUUCGGAACAAAAGAAUUAAUACAAUAAAAUCUAAACAACAUUAUUAAAAAUCACUUACAAAUUUUCUGAAUAACCCAAAAUAUGGCGUCAUAAUACUUUUUGUUCAUAAUAUUUU